UUAAGUUUAUAGUAUUAUAAUCGCUGUUUCAGUUGGUCAGCAAUUGUGCGUGCAAAAGGUUUAGAAUAUAAUAUAUAACAUUGGACAUUGGUUUUCCGGGGCCUGCGAACGGUUUAGAUUUUAAAAUUUUAAAUCGAUUUUUUCGCGGUCCGGGUGCAUGCGAUCGAAGACAAAACGACAGCGACAUAAUAACUAUUUGCCUGUCAUGGACGUAAUCAAAGUGGCACCAGAUAACAACACUACAUUGGAUAUGCAACUCGAUUUGGAGGAUGAGCCAGUGAAUAAGGAACCCCUCGACGAUUGUCUGGUAUACAGUGUCAGCGGAAAUCCACCAUCGUACUUGACGCCGCUGCUGGCCAUACAGAACGUAGUGACCACUUUAAGCUGUUUGAUCUUCGUGUAUAAUAUUUUGGCCCCGAAAUUGUGCAUUUUACCAGAGGACCCGGCACGAGCGCACUUGCUGGCCACAGCUGUCAUGGUGACCGGUAUCAGCACCGCAUUGCAGACAAUUUUGGGUGUAAGACUCCCGAUUGUACAGUCCAGUGGAUUCGUGUAUUUGUCCUGCACGCUACCCAUAUUAGAUCUACCGAAAUGGCAAUGUAGUAGUAACAUUGAUCUGUUCACGAUGGGUCCCGAGGCCCGGACGCAAGUAUGGAAUCUCCGCGUUCAAAACAUUCAAGGGGCUAUGAUCAUCAUCGGUAUCAUUCAAAUGUUUUUGGGCUACUCUGGAUUUAUUGGAAAAUCGUUGAAGUACAUCACGCCAUUGACCGUAGUACCAACCAUGUGCCUCAUAGGACUGUCGAUUAUCGAAAAAGGAGUGAUUCUAAUGUCGGGAAACUGGAUCACGGCCAUAAUAACGCUAAUUUUAUUAACAUUAUUUUCACAAUAUUUACGAAAAGUAGCCAUUUCCUUGCCAGUCUACUCGUCUCAAGAUGGAUUGUUCAGAGUUCGGUUGAAAAUUUUUGCAUUGUUUUCGAUAUUACUCAGCAUGAGCAUUAUGUGGAUUGUAUGUGCUUAUCUGACUUCCUGGAAUAUUAUAUUGCCAACAGACCCGACAAACACGGAAUCAAAGACUGGAGUAUUACGCAACGCACCGAUGUUCCGAAUACCUUAUCCUUUUCAAUGGGGUUGGCCAACAUUUAGCUUGACGUCGGUGUUGUUCAUGCUACCCGCGCUUUUUGCUAACAUCGUAGAGUCUGUCGCCAAUUAUUACACGUGUGCAAGAUUUUCCAAUUUAACAAAACCUCCGACGAAUGCGAUAAAUCGGGGUAUCGGCAUUCAAGGUAUUAGUACAAUUUUUGCCGGUUUCCUGGGUACAGGUUCUGGCAUCAACUCAUCCAGUGAAAACGUGGGAAACAUUGGUAUCACCCGAGUGUGCAGUAGAAAAGUGAUCGGAUUUGCAGCAUGCAUAAUGAUCUUCAUGUCUACGCUUACCAAACUAAUCGCACUAUUGAUUACUUUGCCGGAUCCAGUAUUAGGCGCAAUGACGUCCGUGCUACUUGUGUUGAUCGGAGCCAUAGCGCUAUCUAAUUUACAGUUCAUAAAUCUCAACUCGUUAAGGAACAUGUAUAUUCUCGGAUUGUCAAUAUUUUUUGGAUUGGUGAUUCCAAAGUACGUCUCAUCAGUACAAGGUAAUAUCAUCAACACCAAAUAUGAAACCGUCAAUGAUGUCGUUAUUGCCUGUCUGUCCUCGGGCAUAUUUAUCGCGGGAUUUAUUGGUUUUAUUUUAGAUAAUACAAUUCCAGACGACGACAAUGCAAUGAACACUUACUACAAUCCCGAUAAACUACUUAAGAGUCCCAGUAAUGACGCGAAUGAACAAGUAUACAAGAUUUCAGAUUAUCUCUACGAUAAAAUUAAUAUUAUUUUAACAUUUUUCGUAUAACACACGUAAUAUAAGUAUUUAAUAAUAUUAU